AUGGGGAGGAGCUCCGGGGGGCGGAAGGAGUGGGGAGGGUCGCCCUCCGGUCAGCUCGGUGCGGGCCUGGCACGCUUCGGGGUCCGGGCCCCUUGCUGGGCGAGGGGGGCACAGCGCUUCGCAGAGGGGGUUGGCCAUGCCACCCGCACGGAGCCCCCCGCCGGCCAGGCUUCCAACCGGGCCGACGCCAGCGCCACCCUCUACCUGCACUGGCCGUUCUGCGAGAAGCGCUGCAGUUACUGCAACUUCAACAAGUACAUCCCUCGGGGCGUGGAUGAGGCGGCCAUGAGGGCCUGCCUGGUCAGGGAGGCCCAGACCCUACUCCGACUCAGCCAGGUCAAGAGGGUCACCUCGGUGUUCUUCGGAGGGGGCACCCCCAGCCUGGCCAGUCCACGCACCGUGUCCGCGGUCCUGGAAGCGGUGUCCCGGGCCGCCCACGUGCCGGCCGACGCGGAGGUCACCCUGGAGGCGAACCCCACCUCCGCCGCGGCCUCGCGACUGGAGGCCUUCCGGGCCUCGGGGGUGAACCGCCUCUCUGUUGGCAUCCAGUCGCUGGACGACGCCGAGCUGCGCCUCCUGGGGAGGACCCACACGGCCGCUGAAGCCCUGCAGACCCUGGAGGAGGCCCGGAGGCUGUUCCCCGGCCGCACGUCGCUGGACUUGAUGUUCGGGCUCCCGGAACAGUCGGUGGCGGCCUGGCGGCGGCAGCUGACGCACCUGCUCCAGUGCUGUGACGACCACCUCUCCCUCUACCAGCUCUCCCUGGAGCGGGGCACUGCCCUCUUCCGCCGGGCGCAGCGGGGUGUCCUGCCGGCCCCGGCCCCCGAGGAAUGUGAGUCGGGCAGGGAGCAGAUGCGGGAAUCUGACGGGGAGACCUGGAGAGCUGGGCAGGUGGCGGCGGGCGGGGCAGAGACUAAAGAAGAGCUAUCGCCCCAGAAAGAACAGGGCGCUCUGAGUAGUCACAACUGGGCCUACUGGCAGGGCGGUCAGUACAUCGGAGUCGGUCCGGGGGCCCACGGCCGGUUUGUGCCUCAGGGGGCGGGACGGGACCGCAGAGAGGCUCGGAUCCAGACCCUGGAGCCUGACAACUGGAUGAGGGAGGUGCUGGCCUUUGGUCAUGGCACUCGGAAACGUGUGCCCCUCGGCGAGUUGGAGCUGUUGGAAGAAGUUUUGGUUCUGGGUCUGCGCACGGAUGUGGGAGUCACUCACCAGCACUGGCGGCGCUUUGAUCCCCACUUAACCCUAUGGGAUGCUUUCGGAGCUUGCGAAGAAGUGAAACAGAUGCAGGCCCAGGGCCUGCUGAUCCUGGACGGAAGAGGGUUGAGGUGUUCCUGGGAAGGCCUGGCCGUGCUGGAUUCUCUGCUGCUGCCUCUCCUCAAUCAGCUCCAGCGAUCCUGGGGCCAGGGCCCAGACCACCCCAGUGUGGGGCUCAGGAGUGAGGCAUAGCCAAGAGAGGCUUCAAGAUGGUGCUUGGGAGACCAGAAGGUGGCUGGGGCUGCGGAACGGGUCAAGUGGGGAAUAACCAAGAGAGGCCAGGCUUUGGAACUCACCCGACACGUGAGCGAACAGUGGAAAUGGACUCGUCAGUCCCCUCCCUGAGAAGAGCUUCUGUAUUGAGGAUGAAGGGCCCCAUUUCCAAUGUUCAAAGCCCAACACGAGGUCCUUUUACUGGGAAAGGGACCGUUUCCCCUGCUUCCAGUCCAGUCUCUUGACUGUUUUCAGGACUUUGCUUCUCUGCUCUAGUGAUUGAAUCAGGUUUGUAAAAAUUCCAGUGUUUAGCUGCGCUAGAUGUCCGGAGAUCCCUGCUUAAUAUUAAUAAAUAAUUUAAAAAAGA